AUGCCCAUCUGCAUCGAAUGUCGCACGCCGGUUAGCACCCUCUGGCGGUCUGGGGCCGGAGACAACAGCGGCCACAGUAUCCGUCUUACCGUCUGUCGCAACUGCGGCCGCUUCUGCGACAAGUACGUGGAGCAUGACUUUGUCGUGCUCUUCAUAGACCUCGUGCUCAUCAAGCCGCAAGUCUACCGGCACCUCUUGCACAAUACCCUAAUGCGUGAUGGGGAUCGGUUCGAUCCAUCCAUUGUGCGAUUGGGCGUCUUGCUACUGCUCUUUGACGUCUACUUGACCUGGGCGCGAAUCGAGAAAAAAAGCAUGCCCGAGUCGGAAACAGGCCAGAGCACGCUGGGACAGUUGGCGCAGCAGCCCAUUGUCUUCCAGUAUCUAUUCUUCCUCAUCCUCUGCGCCGUGUCAACGUUCGCCUUCCACGCCAGCAUCCGCUUUCUCGCCUCGUCCCGCUACUCCCCGCUCGUCCUCGCCGGUCUGCUCCCUCGCUUCUCGCGUCCCAACUCCGUGUCCACUGCCCUGCUCGUGUCCUCGUCCACGAAGCUGUUUCCGAUUCUUAUGGUGAUCUGGGAAUACGACGUGCCCGCCGCGGCACGCUCGCUGGGCUGGGCGGUCGUGGCGAACAAUGUCGAGGCACUGCGGAUCCUCCUUGACUGCAGAUACUACACGGCGACCAUCUUGGCGAUUCUCGGCGCUGCGGCGCGAUGGAUGACUGGGUGGCUGAUCCUCACGUCCGUGGGUCUGGGCGACUGGAACUCGAUCACCGAGAGCGAUAUUGCGGCGGACGGCAAGGCAUUCUGGGGGUAUCUCAUGUAUGCGGUCCAGUGGGCAGGGAGAUUAGUGGCAGGGUGA